GUGCCCCGCGGCGCGCGGAGCCGGCUACCCGGUGCGCUGUGAGGAGGGCGGAAGCGGUGGCCGCGUAGCGUGAGGCUGCGUGUGUGCUGGCGGGCGGAGGCGACAGCUCGGGGUCGACAUGGAAGUGAAGGAUGCCAAUUCUGCUCUGCUCAGUAAUUAUGAGGUGUUCCAGUUACUGACUGAUCUGAAAGAGCAACGGAAAGAAAGUGGAAAGAACAAACACAAUUCUGGGCAACAGAACUUGAAUACUAUCACCUAUGAAACAUUAAAAUAUAUAUCAAAAACACCAUGCAGGCACCAGAGUCCUGAGAUUGUCAGAGAGUUUCUCACAGCAAUGAAAAGCCACAAGUUGACCAAAGCUGAAAAGCUUCAGCUGCUGAACCACAGGCCUAUGACUGCUGUUGAGAUCCAGCUGAUAGUAGAAGAGAGUGAAGAACGGCUCACGGAGGAGCAGAUCGAAGCUCUCCUCCACACUGUCACAAGCAUUCUGCCUGCAGGGCCAGAGGCUGAACAGAAGAAAAAUACGGAUGACGUGACAAUGGAUGAAGAGGACCCAGCAUAGAGGAGCACAGCUGGCCCAACCACCUCAUGAAGCUGAAAGGCCCAGCAGCCAUUUCCCAGACAUUCAGAGGAUUGUUCAUUUGGUUGUACCCUCUAUCCCAGCAGGCCUGAUUUCAUGGUUAGUUGGAUAAAUCACAAAAAUAAGCUAAAAAGAAGUACUUGUGCCUCUGGGAGAUGAAACAUGAUGAAGACAGGCUGAGGUUGUCAGGGCAGAGAGCUAAAGAGAGGAGGACAGAGCCAAAGAGGACAAUGACUGUGGAACCCUCUGUGGUCAAAAUAUUUCUUCUGUGGCCUUUGCCACAGUUGUGGGAAGGCCCCCAUACACAGCUGGUAAAGUACUUGUGUUGCCUUUGAUGGGCUGUGUCCUAAUUAGUUUCAUCUGCUUCCCUAGGAGCUUCCCAAGCAGGGGCUCUGAGCACUGUUGGGAUGAGAGCAGAGUUAAGAGAAUCCCGUUAGAUGACUAGAAACUCCCAGAGCAGCAGAUAGUUGCUUUAGGUUAAAAUGAGCCACUGAAUUUGGCUUACCUCAGAGGAAUCUUUUCCUCGAGAACAUUGGAGAUAAGAGAACAGCCUGGCCAACCCUUGAUCGGGUCUGAAGGCUUGUUUCCUUUGCUGGCAGGGGGUGUUUACCAGCUCACACUAUUCAGUCUUAAAUGUUAGGGUACCGACCGGCCCAUUCCAGUUGAAAAGCGGCACUCCAGACUGAAUGACAGCUCAGCAGAAGAACAACAUUGGCCGCCUUUCUAAUGACCUUCGGUUUCCUGCCCUGAGACAGGAGCCCUGAGUAGACACCUUUGUGUCAAGUCUGGGUGAACUUCAUUUGCAUGAUGGGCAAAUUGUCUGCAUCUUUUGAAAGGGGUCAGUUAUAUAGCUCUUCAUGGAUAAAAUAUGGAGAAACCGGAGGUUGGUUCCUAAGAAUUUGAAUUUGUUAGCUGUUGCAAGGGUGUAUCAGUUUUUUAAUUUAAAAUAUUAGGAUAAUUACCAUGUGAAGAACUUAUUGAUACUGAGGCUUUGGAGAGUUCAGUAGCUCCAGAUGUGUGGUUGCCCUAAUCCUAGGAAUGUUGCUGAAAAUUAAUUUUCCACAUUCGCUCUGCUCCUGACUUGGGGAAGAAAAUGCCCACAGACACUAAUUUUCCAAAUUGGUACUUAUUUUGUUGUGAGAUUACAUAUUUUCAGUGCUGCUGUUAACUGGAUGAUUUCCCACCCCCUUGCAAUUUCCAGGUUGUUUCAACCUCCCUACCACCCCUGCCAGUUGCACUCAUGUCUUUCUUAACCUUAUCAUCUGAGGAUCACCUGAGAUGUGUUUACAGGCAAAACUGGAAUUCACAGGGCAUUUAUAUUGAAGUCUCUUGUCUGUAUUGGGAAUUUCACCAGGAAUUGUUGAUUUUUCUUGUCAAGGCAUCACAUGGGUACCUAUGCCACUGUUUCAUUUUAACUGUGAGUGUGUUUGAUGUAUUUUUUUUAAUGGAUUAACCUAAUUAAUAAUAAAUUGUUUCCAAGUGACCACCAAUUUUUGGUAUUUUUAUAAAUCUCUUAAGAGUUUGUUUUGCCAUGGAUAGAAAGUGAAAUCUGACUUGAAAGCUAAAAUGUGUGAUUUUUUUGUUAAAAAAAAUCUAUUUAGGUCUAAAUUCUAUUUUAGAUUGCAGGAAAAUUUUACAUUGCUGUAUUUGGGGCCUGAAUUUAACCUCAGUUUUUGAUAAAGCCAGGCAGGCUCUGGAAGGCUUAACCUUUAUAGGAAACGUAUUCUGUAUAAUAUUCCUGUCACAUUAACAACAUUUAAGAAUUAAGAUAAUUUACGGAGUGGACCAAGAUGGUGGCUCCUGUGGAUCUGGAAUUGAAGAAGGCCUUCACAGAGCUUCAAGCCAAAGUUAUUGACACUCGGCAGGUGAGGCUUGCAGACAUACAGAUUGAACAGCUAGACAGAACGAAAAAGCAUGCACGUCUUACAGGUACAGAGAUUAUGACUUUGAUAGAGGAGACUAACAUGUAUGAAGGUGUAGGAAGAAUGUUUAUUCUUCAGUCCAGGGAGGUAAUUCACAAUCAACUGCUAGAGAAACAGAAAAUAGCAGAAGAAAAAAUUAAAGAAUUGG